AUGGAGAGAGGAUUGGUUAGAAGAUCUGCAAAAUUUAAUUCUUAUCAAUGGAGUACAGCAAUAACUUAUGAAAAAACUAAUGUACAUGAUUCAUAUCAUAAUAAAUCUUUAUUGCAACAAAAACAAAAUACAAAACAAUCACCAAUUACAACAAAAUCUAAAAAAAAGCUUGCUAUAACAGAAACUAGUUCUAAUGAAUCUUCUAUAAUAUAUGAACAGGAACAACAGUUAAAUAUUGAUUAUAAAAAAUUAACAGUUCAAAAGAAUUUAAACAAUGAACUUGAAAGAGAAAUUAAACUUCGCCAACAACUUAAAUCAUGA